AGUGUUCUUCACUUCAGUUCAAUGGGAGAUAAAAAUGAUUAUUUUCUUAUUUCUGGGUUAAAUAUAUAAUAAAAUAUCGUGUGUUUUAUCACCAUGGGUUGUUGGGAGAAAGUGGAAAAUGAAGACUGCUAUGGUGUCACAAUAUACAACUUCCCCGGGAGCGGCGCACACCACCUCUCCCUGGAUGUGGGGGAGCUGGUGCACAUUGAACGCGAGGCACACAAGUGGUUCUACGGCAGCAGCCUCAGGAAAGACGCCAAAGGCAUCUUUCCAAAGAGCUACGUGGUUAUACGAGAGAGCAAUGUUGAAAGAUGUGGAGAGACGGUAGUGGCGUCUGCAGGCGGUGUAGGAGUGGCUCACGAUAUUGCCGUCACUCUCCGAGAUUGGCUGCCGGACUGGAAGAAUUUAUAUAUUAAUAACGAUGAACGAUUCAAGUUUAUGGAAGUAAGCAUGCGUGCGCUAUUCGAGUUGCGCGCUCAAGCCGUCAGCGGAGCCCUACCGCAGGACCAGCUGCGUAGGGUCGCCAGGACCGCUGUCUUUACAAUUGACAAGGGAAACAGGACAUUAGGUAGAGAGCUGGCGGUGAGGACGGCCAGCGGUCACCUCGUGGAUCCAAUAAAAACCUCCACGUUCAAACUGAACUCUCUGCACGAUGAUGCGAACGCCCGCAUCGAAAAGAAUAUGGAAACAACUCCAGCUACUCCGCCUCCACCUGCACUACCGGCCAGUGCUCGAACGUACACGUUGGCGAUACGAGUCAACAAUUUCGUUUGUAGGAUAUUGGACAGGGCGCAGUUACUUCUCUCGUUGUAUGACGGCGCUGGUAAUAAGAUCACGGAGAAUUUACUGAUCAACUGGCCACAACCGAAUUUCAACCCUGUGCAAGCUGUAUUCACGGAUUUACCAUGUGAGAUAAAGAAGGAAAAAGUGUUUCUAGUGUGCCAUAUUGUGAGGAUAGGGUCCAUGGAACCUCAGUCUAUAGACUACAGACGCAGCUCAGUAGCGGUGGGCGCGGGCGCGGGCGCGGGCGUGGGCGCGGGCGUGGGCGGGGGCGCGGGCGGGGGCGCGGGCGCGGCGGGCGGGGCGGCGGGCGCGGGCGCGGGGGCGGGGCUGCGGCGGCCGGGGGGCGUGGCCGCCGCUGACGUCACGCGACAGCUCGCAAGCGACCACCCCUCCAAGGAGAUACAGCUGCCCUUCUACCCUUGUGAGAAAGAGAAUAUGGACUCAUUACUGAAGAAGGUGAUGACGAAUCGAGACCUCAAAGACACAAAGCACUCGCAGGCACUGUGGGUGGUGCUGCAGCUGGUUGAAGGGGACCUUAGACAGAUCCGAGAAGAAAACCCGCACUUAGUUGUUGGUAAUACAGCCAUCGCCCGCAAGAUGGGAUUCCCUGAAGUCAUAAUGCCGGGUGACGCCCGUAACGAUCUCUAUGUGACACUCGUCUGCGGAUCUUUUUCUAAAGGGAGCAAAUCAUCCGAUAAAAAUAUAGAAGUCACCGUCAGGGUUGUCGAUAAAGAUGGAAAUAUAUUCCCGGGUGUGGUCUCGGUAGGCGAGGGUUGGUCACGAGUGGAUGAGUAUACCUCACUAGUGUACUAUCACGACGAUCGACCACGCUGGCAGGAAGUAUUCAAGAUUUGCCUCAACAUCGAAGAGUUCAAGGAGGCUCAUCUAGUGUUCCUGUGCCGGCAUCGUAGCUCCAAUGAAGCAAAGGAUCGUGCCGAGCGACAUUUCGCUAUCUCCUACCUGCGGCUCAUGCAGCGCGAGGGCACCACCACGCCAGAUGAUACACACAACCUCUGUGUCUACAAGAUCGAGAACAAGCGCGGCGCGGCCGGCGUGGAGCGGGAGGCGGCCGCGGCGUGCCUGGCGCUGCCCGCGCGCCGCGCCGACCUCCCCGCCGGCGCCGAGCGCGGCCUCACGCGCGGCGUGCUGGCGCUCGCGCCGCGCGACGCGCUCUCCGUCGCCACCAAGCUCUGCUCCACCAAGCUCACGCAGCGAGAGGGUUCGCCGCCCCGGUGCCCGCCCACCAACCUGAUGCUGGUGCCGAGUGAGGAAAUCGUGAAAUUCCUCCAGGAUAUACUUGAUGCUCUCUUCACCAUAUUGACCUCGGUGGAAGAAGACCGCAAAACCUACACGGAGAGCAGUUACGGCGUGCUAGUUCUGGACUGUUUGUUGCGUGUGAUAUCACUGGUAGCUGAUCACAAGUAUCAACACUUCCAGCCCGUAUUACAGGUGUAUAUAGAGCAGAGCUUCUGUGAAGCAGCAGUUUAUGAGAAUCUGAUUUCUGUGAUAAUAUGGGUCAUCCGUAUGGCGGAGAACGACGAGGUGGCGCUGAAGCGGCUGCUCAUCUGCAUGAAGUGCGUCGAGAGCCUCUUCAGGGUGAUCGUCCGCAGUCGUCAGUUGCGGAGCAAGCUUUCAUACCACGCACCUGACUCAUUCAAAUCGCAUUUUGAGGAUCUUCUGGAGGCGCUGGUCUGGCUGAUGCGUUGCGGAGACCACGCCCUCACGUGCCAGGGCUCCGCCCUCAAGUACCUGCCUCAUGCUGUGCAGCAUGUCCUCAAAGUGUACCCCGACACCGAUCUCAGCGCAUUCUUCGUUAAAGCACUAAGCGCUUUAUCGAUGAAUAAGCUGAGCAAACAACGUAUGCUGGCCCUGUUGGAACUAGUUCGAGGGCCGCUUUGCCUCUCGGCAGCAGCCAGAUCUCGCCUCUUACCCCAUCUAGCGGACACUGUAUGUGUACUGUUGAAGGAAAAAGCCGAGUUGGACCGCGAGGCUGUGCACAAGUCGCGUUCGGUCGACAAGGCGGCGCGACUUCUCGGUGCUGACACGUCUCGCCUGCAGGACCACACCCAUCAUCAGCAAAUCCUGGAAUUGUGCGUGGAAGCACUCGGGGAGGUGAUGACUCUCCUGGCCAGAGAUGACGUGGGCCCGGUGGAUACGGACAGGGCAGAGUUGGCCAGGUCUCUCUUGCCUACUGUAUUCCAUACAGCCACGACAAUGCUAAAGGACAGAAGUAACACUCAGGAGUUUGUUGAUGAUCCGUUACUGAGGCGACUCAUCUGCGUACUCCUCGAUAUGGUUCGCCAGAUGUCCGAAGAGCAAUAUUGCGUGAUCGUGAAAGCGCUAGAAGCGGAAAGACUGGGCGGCUCAAGGUCAUUACUGUCAGAUGCACUGGAACUGUUGUCCGCUAUACUCCAGCGACCGGUGUUCAGAGCGCACUGGGCUGAUAUGCUGCAUUUACAACACAACGUCAUGUUACAUGCCUUGAGAUUACUAUCAUUAACCCUUCGCGAACGCCUGGAAGCGGUGGACAUAUCAGACGGUGAGAUGGUCGAGACAGUAUACUCGAUGUGGCGGGAGUGGUUCAACAUGGCGUCGUUGCUGGCGACGUCGCCGGUGUUGCAGCUGGAGACGUUACCGACGCCGCGUAAGCAACGCGUCGUCGCGUUGUACGGAGACUUGCGGCGCGACAUCGCUGAACUGAUCAGCGACAUGUGGUUCGGACUAGAUGACCACCGGCGCGCGUUCAUUCCUUGCUUGGUGGGCCCAAUCCUGGAGGUCAGUGUCCUACGAGACGACGAGGUCCGCCAUAAGACCAUACCGCUCUUCUUCGACAUGAUGCAGACAGAGUAUACGCAUAGCGUGGCUAAAGGAGAAACCGAGGGCCACCUGCGCGAGGUGGAGAGCGAGCUGAUCGACAAGCUGGACGUGGUGGCGGCGCGCGGCGGCGGGGACGCCGGGUGGCGCGCGCUGUCGGUGGCGCUGUGCGGCGCGCUGUGCCGGUCGGCGGGCGGCGCGCUGGGCGGGGCCGCCGCCGCGCUCGUGGCCGCGGCCGCGCGCCAGCUGGACACGCUGCUGCAGGACCGCGCCGCCGCCGCCGCCGCCUCCUCCGCCGCGCGCGACCACCGCAUGCACCUCACCGCGCGCGUGCUCAGGUUCUACGACCACAUCGACCGGCAGCACAUGUAUAUACGAUACGUGCACAAGCUGGCGGGCAUGCACCUGGCAGCAUCGCAGUGGACGGAGGCAGCUCUCACGCUGCGACUGCACGCGCGCGAGCUGCGCUGGUCGCACGAGCCGCUGCCGCCGCGCCUGCGCCUGCCGCCCGCCGCGCCCGCGCUGCCGCCCGCCGCGCCGCACCGCACGCACCGCGACCUCAAGGAAUUCCUGUACAUUGAAGUAGCGGAGCUUCUCAAAAAGGGACGUCAAUGGGAGUUAGCUGUGGAGAUAAUAAAGGAACUGGUGAACGUGUAUGAAGAUGAAGCGUUAGGGUACGGGGUACUGGCAGACCUGCACGGGCACCUAGCGACGCUGUACAACUCAAUAAUGAUGGAGCAGAGAUGCCAUCCGUCGUACUUCCGUGUAUUAUACUACGGGAAAGGAUUCCCGGAACACUUGACGGUGGACUUUGGAUUCGUAUACCGCGGUAACGAGUAUGAGCAACUGGCAGACUUCACAGAGCGAUUGAUGGACGAAUGGCCCAACGCUGAAGUACUCACCAAACUAGAUGCGCCUGGAGAUGAUAUUAUUAACUCUAAUAAGCAAUAUUUACAAAUAAACGCUGUGGAACCAUUAUUAAGUGAUAAGCUGAAGCGUCUCUCAGACAAGCCGGUGUCGGAGCAAGUGCUGUCCUACUACAAAUAUAAUAGCGUUGACAAGUUCGUGUUCUCGAGACCGUUCCAACGACAAGAGGAAUCGGUAGAUGGCACUACAGACGACCCCAAUCAGAACAAGUUUGCUACUCAGUGGCUGCUGCGGACCGAACUAGAGAUCAGUGACAAAUUGCCCGGCAUCCUGCGCUGGUCGCAGGUGGUGCGCGUGCAGUCGCGCUGGGUGUCGCCGCUGCAGGCCGCCGUGGAGGCGCUGCAGGCCGCCAACCUCGAGCUGCGCGCGCUCGUGCUGUCCUCGCGGGCGCCCUCCGCCUCGCUGCACCCGCUCACGCUGCGGCUCAACGGUAUCUUGGACGCAGCUGUUCAAGGUGGUAUUAAGAACUACGAGAGCGCGUUUCUGACACCGGCGUACGAACAGCGACAUCCAGAAGACGCACCGGUACUAGCGAAACUGAAGGAUCUCAUCGUGGACCAGAUACCGUUACUCAAAUACGGUCUGGAGGUGCACGGAUCCCGAGCGCCGCCCUCCCUGCAGGCGCUGCACCAGCACCUCGCGCAGUGCUUCCGGCAGAUGCAGCUCCACGUACAGCAUCGGUACGGGGUCAAGAUGACGGACUUGGAGCCUGAGACGCCCGAGGUGCAGCUGAGGAUGCGUACUCCAGCCAGAGAGACCAGCACGUCAGACCCCAAUAACUCCAAUAACAGGAUCUCCGAUAUAUCAACGGGCAACGAUACUUCGUCCCGGCUGAAAUUUUUCAGUUUCAACAGUGCCAUAAAUCCACUCGUGAGAAAUAGCAGUGGUGGAUAUUUCGGCACCUUGCAAAAUCCACCCAGGAAACGGGACAAGCGACGCACCAGAAAGCAGAGCGUUUACAGUAUAAAGAGUGAAAUCGGCACGCCAGCGAGCGGAAGUCAAUGGUACACGUCCCAUUCGACUCCAAACGGUAACAGCAACAGUAAUACAUCGGUGAACACUAUCAACACGCCCGAGACGCCCACAUCGUCGCCACUGCGGGAACUGAGACAAGAGAACUUCCACCAGCUGGUGACGGAGCGGCCCCUGCGAGCGGAGGUGGAGCGGGAGCGGCGAGCCUCGCAGCGAGCCAGCCUGCUGCCGUCCGCGCCGCCCUCCAACAGGGACUCCAUGGGCACAACCGACUCGAACCAUGACGACGAGGAGCCCCCGCCGCUCCCCGAGAAGCAGUCCCACCGGUACUCAGACGGAGAUAACAACAACAACGGGGACUCGAACCCGCUACCAGUUAGGAACAACUACGACCUGGUGAUGCCACCAACUAGAGGUUCAUUCCUAUACAAUUCACUAGCGAUCAGAAAGAAUACGACGGCAAUGGGAGAGAAGCCACCAACACCUCCGCCUAAAAAGAAAAACGUACAAAACAACAAUCUGUAACUUUAUAGCAUAGGGGACAUACGAGCUUGCGGCUCGCCUGAUGGUAAGU